UGUUUGGGUCAUCAUGGCAUCGACAGUAAAGCUUGGUAGCGUAGUUACUAUAAUAAUUGUUUUUGCAGCAUAUGUGUAUAAACGAAAUUUGGACGAACAGCUGAGAGACCACCUAUUAGCAAUAUCCAACAGUCUGUUGAGGGCGGAACAGAAUUAUGCAGUGACUCCCAAAGUGAAGGUUGCAGUUGGUUUCGGCGCUUGUGAAGAUGUUUUCGUCGACUCAUUGGAAUUACUACACACCAUGUCAUUGCAACCCCCUGUCAAGGAGAUUCACCACGACUAUAUUAAUUCAUCCAGUGAACUCGCGGAAGUAUUUGCGUUUUUCUUCAAACAUGGAGCUGCUGCUGAACGCUUCAUGUCAGACGAAAACUUCUUCGCCAAACUUGUUGAUGUAGCAAAAGAUCUUCCUGAUUCUAGAGGGGCACUGGGAGGCAAUGCUCCAGUUAUCGCAAAUCGAUUAGCCAUUGAAGGAUGUGAAGUUUUGCUUGGAGGUACAUUAUCCAAAAGAUAUAUGAAAGAAUUGAAUGAUGGUGUUCAAGUUGCAGGUGAUGUUUUCUCAGAAGACGAUGUACAUUUGAUAAUGGAAUACAAAGCAGGUGAAACUUGGGGAAAGUAUAGCACACCACGAGCAAAUAGGUUUAUUGUCCAUAGUGAUGAAUCAAAUCCACUUUUAUCAUCUUUAGAAGCUUUCCAAACCAAGUUACCAGGAUUUAAUCCACAGUUACUCAUUGUUAGUGGUCUACAAAUGAUGGACAAUUUUCCCUCAGCUCAAAGAAAAGAGCGGAUUGCAAGUCUCAAAAAGAUGCUACAAAAUGUUCCUAAAACAACAAAAAUUCAUUUUGAAUUGGCAUCAUUUUCUGAAGAAGAAAUGGUAGGUCACUUGGUUGAAAGCGUUAUUCCUUAUUCAGACUCUAUUGGUAUGAAUGAACAAGAAUUAGCUAAUCUCUAUUCUUUGUUGAUGUAUGGAAAUAUAACUCUGGUUUCUGAUGCCUAUCCAAGAAUAGCAACUGUCCUUGACCAUUUGAGAAGCAUUUAUAAUAUUCUACACUCAAUUACCACAGAAAAUGGUCAAAGACCAAUCACUCGAAUACACACACAUACAUUAGCAUAUCAAGUCAUCAUCACAACAAGAAAUCAAGGAUGGAAGAAUACCAUGGCAGCUGCUGCUAAGGCUUCACUCACAGCUUUCAGACACGUUUCUGGAUCAAGUGAAAUUGAUACAAACAAAGCUAAGCUUAUUAUGGAUGACUCGUUCUCUAUAUCAAGGGAGGAAGGAAGUAAACGCAUGCCUUUAAAUGCUGACAGACCUGUUUCAUGUUGGCAAGAAUAUGACUAUGAUAUUUGUCUUGCUCCUGUACUUGUUGCGACGCAAGUCAGACAAACAGCUGGAGCUGGAGACAAUAUAUCUUCUGCUGGACUUGCUGUUCAAAUAUAAAUUGUCAUAAAAUUUCAUUUCAUAGAUAUUUCUUGGAAAUAUAUUACUGGUGGUACUGAAUAUAUUACUUGUUCUAUAAAAUAUAUAAAAAGAAAAAAGUUAUCUGCAUAUCAUCAUUUCAAUCAUGUUGGGACCAAGACCUUUAGAUCAAAUAAUAUAUCACCCUUCAAAUCAUAUUGUUUACUUGGCACAAAUGAUAUUGAAAGAAAUUAUUUUACAUUGGAAUUUUAUCACUGAUAAUGUGUUUGAUGGGACCAAAGACACUUGAAAAUACUGAGAUAAACAUAAAAGGGAAUAUAAUUAUGUUCUGUUUGAUGUCUCUUGCUUCAGGAUGUGGGCAACAAAUUUCUAAUACCCAUAUCACAUAUAUUCUUGUAUUAGCUAGCAUCUUUGGUUAGACAUGGGCUUAUUUCAUUGAAACUGGACAUAUUGAUAAAACUAUUUCUGCUGUAUUAAACCAUGUUGAUUACUUUCAAAGUCAAGGUCAUAUCACGCACAUUAAAAAAAU